UAAUAAAAGGACACCACAUCCUGCCAAAUUCCAGCUGCGCUAAUUGUAUUGUGUUCACAGAGCUCACAAGCUAUCAGAAAGUUGUAUGGCAACCACCUCCGGCGCCAAAUAGAACUGGCAGACAUAGACAUUCAGUACAAGAAGAAAAAGAUGGAAAAUCUUGCACUGGAGUCCGAAAUAAAAAAAGAGGACAAUUAGGAAACUGGACCUUGAAAUAAAAAAACUUGAGAGGGAGCUCCAAGAAGAUGACACAGCUCAAAAUAAAAAUUAGCAAUCAGUACAACCAAGUCAUCGUUAUAAGGCACCGGCCUCUUUUGCCCACCCCCCCCAGCACCAGGUGUGGCCACUAGCCUAUAUGAAGGCCCAAAAUUGUGUGUUCCUUUCUGCUCUGACAAUGGCAUGCCCAUUCUUGCGAGAUGUGGUGGAUGAAGAAGCACUUGUGCUGAGGAGAGCCUUCAGGCAAGAAAGGGUCUUCAGGGACCGGUUGGACCCACUGGCCUUCCCUGAUGACCAUCUAUAUGAAAGAUACAGGUUUUCUGCAGAUGGCAUCCGGUAUCUAUGCAGACUACUGGGUCCCAGGAUUAAGCACCGCACUGCGCGGAGCCAUGCACUGAGUGUGGAGCAAAUGGUUUGUGUGGCCUUGCGCUUUUUUGCUAGUGGAGCCUUCCUGUACUCAGUGGGGGAUGCAGAACAGCUGAACAAGGCCACAAUUUGCCGCACAAUAAGGAGUGUGUGUCUGGCUAUCAAAGCAUUAGCAGAUGUCUUCAUCUCCUUCCCUGGCCACAGAAGACUCUGUGACAUCAAAGAGGAGUUCUAUAGGAUUGCAGGUUUCCCCAAUGUCAUUGGUGCAGUGGACUGCACACACAUAAGGAUAAAAGCCCCCUCAGGUGCCCAUGAGGCCGAUUUUGUGAAUAGGAAAUCCUUUCACAGCAUUCAUGUUCAGGUGAACAUAACUUUUUGA